AUGGCCAUGCUCAGGAUAUAUUUGCUGAUCUUAAUUUACAUAAAAUUCGGUCAGGGAAUCAAAGUGGAAACUCCUUCGCAGGAGAAAACCUUCAAUAGUACAGGAAAGCUCCCGGUUUAUAGAGUUUCCAAGCCAGAGCCCAAACAGCCGGAGAACAGGGUUCCCCCGCACUUGCAGGACAUUCGUCCUGGCUAUGUGGACGAUGAUGCUGGGGAUGUUAUAAGGAUAAUUGAACCACCUCAGCACUUCCAGCAGCUUAAGAAACUGCGCCAGAGGCAGCCACCCCAUCGGGCGGUGGUCUGGGAACAGCCUAGAAAGUUGGCCAGCAAUCGAGUUAAGACCGUGCCCACCGGAGACCUCCUCACUCAGGAAACUCAGAUACAAAACGUCCCGAAUCAGUUGCAACUGCCCGUGGAAAUUCUGGCUUCUGUGAGGAAAACUGAGCGCUUGUUGCAACGUCAAAGACAAAAGAUGCCCUAUGUGAGGCAGCGUCACAUCCAACGACAAACCCACACUCUAAUAGCCCAGAAUACGCUAGAGCAACAGCUCUACCAACGUGGCCAAGAUCAGAGGCUGAGAGCAGUGCUGAGCCACCAGGAGCACAAGCGAAAAAAGAGGGUCAAGAGGGAAAUUGCAGAGGAAAAUUUCGAGAAACGAGAAAAAGCCGCCUACGAUGUGCAACAGGGUCUUAAGCUGGUGGCUCACAUUGGAGACCUGCUGAAAAAUGCCACUCAGUAUUUGCCCGACUCCGAUGGUGCCACCAACGAGCUUACCAACGAGGUGAAGAGGCCACCCACAAUCCUUUGCAGAAAUGCCACAAACUGCAGCGACAGCAGGCGACGUCGCCAGAGAUUUUUCAAAACACAGGCCAAGUCAGCGGAACGGGAAAAGCUGAGGGAGAGGCGUCGCCACUUCCGCAAUGAGGCAAUCACCACCACGACAACUGCCACGACAACUACAACUACCACCAGCAGCAGCAAACCAAAAUCGCCAAUUUUGAGUGCCACUCCAGCCAUUUCCGGAACUCCGCUUGCCAGUCGCCUGGUGAAUUCACGCAAAUCCAAAUUGAAAAUUGGCCGCAGCGAUGACUCCAUACUCUAUGCGGAUGUAAUGACUAAUAUACGCAAUUUGUGGCAGGAGCACGAUCUCCUGUCCGGGCCGAGGUACGUUGCCCCCGGCGAGGUGGCCAACAACACGGACUACCGCUCCCUGGACAUGUAUCUCAAGGAGCUGGAUCAGCUGUCCAAAAAGCUGCCCACUGCAGCCCCCAUUACAGGAUUAAACAAGGAGGAACUGGCCAGACCCACGUCUUCGCCAAAUUGGUUUCUGAUCAACCAGGACGGGAAAAUCUACGAAACCCGAUUGGAUAGUCAAACAAAACCUUCAUCCACAUUGUUCCAUCGAUUUCCGGACAUGCCCAACAAAAAUGAAUCCGUGUCCAUAUUGGACUUGGAGUAG